AAGAUUGUGUCAGUCACAAAGGCUCUUAUGCUGAUUAAUAUAUCGAUAGAGAGAUCCAGAUCCUCGCCCCCCUUCGUGCUCGUGCGAAUUACUUAGAUAUCUAUGCUUAUAGAGAUAGAAUGUGAUAAUUUUCAUGUUUUAAUUUUGAAGUUUUUGUUCCUCCUUGCGACUUUUAUUAUGUUGUUGAGAAGUUCUUGUUGGAGCUCGAGAUGCCCUCAUGCACCCCUCGUUUCUGUAAUAUUUUCCUUCAGUAGAGGACAUGGCUAGAAGACAGAUAAAGUUUUAUGCGCGAAAAGAUCUAGUUUGAUUAGCUCGAAUUUCCUAGCCCUACCGUACUGAUCCCCAUUUUAAAGCCUUGUUCUAUCCAUGCACUAUCACGAAGGAUUUAUAUAUUGAAAUGUGACUUUAUCUUCUACUCUUCAAAAUUUCCCUUUUCCGGUCGUUCCUCAUUCGUUUCGAUUUAUCUGCAGAAUCUCCUCAUUUGUCCAAGAUGUCGGCAAAAUCGUCCUCGUCAGCGCAACUGGAGGCGGCAAAAUGGGACUGGGACGUACCUGGUAACGCUUUUUGCCCUCCAGAUAUUGCUUGCGAUCAGAAGUAUACUGACUUCCGAAAACGUGUUCGAGACGUCAUGGAAGCGAAAGUGAUCCCGUUCGUUGGGGACUGGGAAGAUUAAGGGUUGCAGGUUGACAUUUCUAGUAAGAGCAUAUCUCCCACUGCGAACUUUACAACAAGGGUCGUGAAAAAGAUAGAUAUGCGAGCUAGAUAGGUCGACUUGCAACCUCUAAGAACAAGCCGGCACUUUUCCGGAGUCAAUACGUGGCGAGCUCUACAACGCAGGCCUUUACGGGGUUGGGUGGCCUGUCGAGUACGGCGGGCAAACUUUUUUAAGGAUCGAAUAGAGGAACUUGGAAAUUGCCCUUGUUCUAGCCCCCACAGGUAGAUCAAGACCCAAAAGAUCACGCGAUUGGUUUCACAUGUGUGUGUGUCUAAAACGUGGUAUAGAAGGAGAGGAGCUGAACUCAUGGCAUCAGUGGAUUCUACAUGACGAAAUGGCUCGUGCGGGCACCGGGGGCCUCUACGCCAGUCUGUUUACGGCAACAAUCGCCCUUCCUCCAGUCAUUCAAUUGGGAAGCAAAUACAUCAAAGACUGGGUAGCACGAUCCACUACCAUUCACAUUUUCUUUGUUGUUUGUGUGUGAUUCAACUUUCACACGCGGCUUGUGCAAAUGUAUAUAGGUGCAAUUUUGAGCUUGUCUUCUCGUUCUUAUAAGUAGUGCGUGCGCAUAUGCAUAAGCAUAUCUUCAGUUUUGUAUUCAAAACCGUUUCUAUUAUGGCUUAUUUUAGUAUUCGACUUUAAAACAUAACUUGUUCUUGCACUUGCUUCUACUAGUAUUUUUCUCGAUGCAGGUCGUCCGCGAUGUCGUAGCGGGGAAGAAGAAUAUUGCCUUAGCUGUGACGGAGCCUAGUGGUGGUUCUGACGUCGCCGCUAUGCGGACGAGCGCGGUUCUAAGUGCCGAUGGAAAGCAUUACGUGGUGAAUGGGGUGAAGACGUACAUUAGCGGCGGAUUGAAUUAUGAACUGGUCUUUGGAUCGAGUUCAAUCAUGCGAGGUGGAGCCAAGAAUUGUUGCGAUAAAAAGUCGAUACGUACGACGAUGACUUGAGACCACUAGCUCUAGUUCUGUUGAGUAGAGUAUGAUGCUCGUAUCUGUAUUUGAGUGCUGCUAGUAUCGUCUAAGCAAAGGCACACUACUUAACCGUUGGCGUGCGAACAGUGCAACCGAGUGAAGGAAAGAGCAGGAGAGAAGUAGGACACCAAGGGCUGACAUUGCUGCUUAUUGACGGAAAGUCACCGGGGAUACGCAUGACGCGACUGAAGACGCAAGGCUGGUGGUGUUCUGUCACUACGACGAUAGCAUUUGAAGACGUUAAAGUGCCCGUCGAAAAUGUGAUUGGUACUUGAAGAGAAUGUACUCGGUCCAUCUCCACCUUUUACUUCUUCAUUCACUUUCAUCUUCUUCCUCUGAACUGAUUUUCCUGCUGCGAACUUUGGAUUUGCUUGUCCUCUACUAGUUAUGCUAGAUUGAAUAUAUAUUAUAUAUGUUGUUACAACUAACGCUAAGCUUCUUCUAUGCUGAGACCUUACUAGACCGUUGUACUUCAACUUCUUACUUACUCCGUCCUAGGUGUCCCUGGUCAGGGUUUCGCAGCGAUCAUGCACAAUUUUAAUCAAGAGCGGCGAGCGUUGGCCUAUCAAGCUGUCCGUUUCGCUCGAAUCUGCAUAGAAGAUGCGACUGCGUAUGCGAAGUCUCGCCAAACAUUCGACCGAAAAUUGAUUCAACACCAAGUUAUCCGCCAUAAAGUGGCGGAGAUGACACGCCAGAUGCUUGCUGCUCAAUGCAUGAAUUUAUGUCUCUUUCAAUAUGAAUACUUAGAUACAGCAUCGAUCGACACCCUGCUGGAGGUUGUUCUUGUUGAACCUUCUGAUGUACUUACUUAGGAUAAACUGUGACUGUAUACUAUAAGAAAAAGAAUUAAAAAUUGGGAGAAAACGAAAAGUCCUAUUUUAAUCAGAGCUGCGCUGACCUCCCGUGUCCAUCGUGCGGGUGGGGACGACUCUGCACUUGGAGGCGAAAUCGCACUGGCAAAGGUGAAUGCCACGAAAAUGCUUGAGUUCUGUGCACGUGAAGCAUCGCAGAUAUUGGGCGGAAAAAGCUAUCUUCGAGAAGUUAAGAAAAACAGUCGACAAGGAGUGACAGUUUUUUAGCAUAGGUACCUUUUUUGCGUAAAAAAGAGUAAAACUAAAAGUUUCUAAUGAAGGUCCCGGGAGCCGCAUUGAACGCAUUUACCGGGAAGUCAGAGUCAUGGCUAUAGGAGGAGGCAGCGAAGAGGUGAUGCUCGAUCUCUUCACACGCCAAGCAAAACUUUAGAUUCAGUUGGAGAGGACGUCCGUAAGAUACGACCUUUGUUGUGUAAGUAGAUAACCACACGACUACGCAAAGCGGUGAACAGUUUUCCCUCGAUUGUCUGCAUAAUUUUCCUUUUGUGAAUUUUUUUAUCCGUGUAUCUAGAGGAACGCUUACAAAAUCAAUGACUAGGGCUCUCUCUUUCUCUGUCUGCGUUAAUGGCGCUUGUCAAUCGAGGACUUACUGCUCUGCCCUGGGCUAUUCUUUAAUUUUAUUUGCGAAAUCCUACUUCUAUAAAUUUCAGUUCUUUCUCCCGCGAAAGCGAACAAGACGGUCUAUGACUUGAAAUUACCAAAAAUGCUAUCACAUCUUCAACCAACCAAAGUGAGAAACUAAGCAUUCAAUCUUACUUCUUGCCCACUGUGGAGCUGGAGUCAACGCAGGUCGUCUACUUUGUGCGAGUGUUGAUUGAUCGCCAUGAAAUUGAUUCCGCUGACAAGAUGAAGGUGGAAAUCUGGAAACAUAUUCUUUGUCAUCCUGUGCCUUCAACAAAAACAAUGCGAAAGACAUGGAGGAACAGAAGUACUUUGGUGACCCUGAUCUUCGCAUCUCUCUGAAGAAAUGCGGAUUUUUCACACGAGUUUCUUGCUGAUGGAUCAUGAUUAUUUCUUUGAAGGUGGCUGUAUGACUUUUCGCUAGCCGUUGUAUUUUCAGACACGCGACGCACGCAAAGAAAUCUGAGAAGUAAUAUUAUUUUGAUGAAAAAUAUCCCGUACUUUCGACCCGUCUAGUACAAGUACUGUCCCAUCCAUAAAUUAUUUACGGUCUUUUUGAUUUCAAAAUUUAUGAUCGUUGAAGACAGGAACUACGUCCCUGAGGUGGAACCACAUCGAAGAUGACGUCAUAUUUCGAAGUCGGUUUCCUUGUUUCGUGAGUAUCUAUCAUUUUUAAUUAAAUCUCUCUAUUCAUUUGAUACACAACAAGUGGUCGUGGC